UGCUCUCCUACCUAGACUUAUUCCACAAGGCAUAACAUGCACUCCCACGCGCACGCGGAAAUUUAUUCCUACACAAUAACAUUCCAAUCUAGCCCCCAUAUUUGACUUUCCUAAAAUACCCCUGCCCACACCUUAAAUACCAAGAUACUAUUCUCCCUGUUACUGCAAACUUCUUUUUCUCACCAAACUCUGUUUUUUUUUUCUUCCAAACAAGAAAUUCCAAAAAAGAGACAACAAUGAAAGCUGGUGUCUAUUUGUUCUCAUUCAGGAGGCUUAACAAGAAGGGUGUCGCCGGAACUGUUGGUUCUGAAGUGGGUAGCGCCGGAAAUCAUCAUCAUCAACUUCAUGAUUCCUUAACUCAGACACUGCCGCCGCGGCCGUCGUCGUUGCGGUGGCGAUUCAAGAAUCUGUCAAGUGGGUUGAGGUGGAAGAGUAAGAGGCUUUAUAAAUUGAGAUACUGGAUCGUUGACUGCCUCCUCUUCAAGAUUGUUUCUGUCUUUGAAGCCAUUUUUCUUGUUUCCACCUUGGCUUUUUUCUACCUCUGCUGCGGCUGCCAUAUCUAAAUUCUUCCAUAUUAUUUAUUAUAGAUUUUCCUCCUUUUUGAGCCUUUCUUUUUACUAAGUUGAUGGAGCAUAUUAACAGCUGGGAAGUGGAAUUCUGAAAAGAAAGUUGAUAUCUUUGUGGGAGGGCCCGGACAAGAGAUUCGUUGGAGGAGCUAGCUCAUGGCUAAUAAUGCUGAAUGGGGUGAAAAUUAUCAUUAGAUGUCUCUUUUCUUUCUUCUAUUUUCUGGUUGAAUUUUGUUGACGUUUUGUAAUGUAUAGAGAAAGUUAAUGUACUAAUUCGCAUUACUAACUUAGAGAUUCUUUUGUAUGUAAUGUAAUCUUAAUAUCUUAUUGUUCUUUUCUUUAACUACUAGUCCUUAAUUAGAUUU